AUGAAAUAUGUGAGCACCCAAUCCACCCAUGACUUCAGUCGAUAUGAAUCUUUCUUCAAUUAUAUCACGAUUGGUAACUGGCCAGCCGCACAGAGUUUUCUUGACGAGGCCCCCGACGCAUUGAAUGCAAGAAAUCCAAAUUCUGGCAAAACUGCUCUUCAUGCAGCAGUCGAGGGUGGACACAAGGAUAUUGUAGAGAAGUUGGUGCGAUUGAUGACAAAGGAAGACCUGGAAAUACGAGGGAACGAUGGUAAAACAGCUCUUGCUUCUGUUGCAGAUGUCGGAACCAUAGCGAUGGCCAAGUGUAUGGUUCAAAAGAGCAUAAGACUGCUUAGCAUUGGUGAUGCUCGAAAAAUGAUACCAGUUGUCCUGGCUUCUAACAAAUGGGAAUGGGAUAUGGCUCGAUUUCUAUAUCGUUUCACUCCUAACGAAGAUUUCAAGCUAGAUGAAGGAUGCAAUGGUGCAAGUCUUAUUUGUCAAUGCAUCUACAAGAGAAUAUUCGGUAAGAGAACAAAAACUAAAUUGGAUGCUCUUUUUUUUUUUGGUCAAAUAACACUUUCAUUAGAUGAAGCGCAUAUUACAAAGUUAAGUGAACAGGACUCUGUCGAGACACCAAGGGUUGAAUGUGAAGAUGAAGUUGUGGAAAAAGAGAAGAUUCGGAUGAAGAUGAGAGGGUGA